AUGGCAGAGCUGAUACAACAUCCAGAUGCAAUGCAGAAGGUAAUCAAAGAGCUAGAUGAGGUAGUAGGAAGAAGCUAUGUUGUAGAGGAGUUCCAUAUCCCCAAGUUAUGCUACCUAGAUGCGGUUAUCAAGGAGACAUUCCGCCUGCAUCCCACAGUUCCCAUUCUAGUGCCCCGUAGCGCCAGAGGGGACUGCGACCUUGGUGGAUACACCAUUCCUAAGGGAGCCACGGUUGUCAUUAACGCUUAUGCAAUCCAAAGGGACCCAUAUCUCUGGGACAGUCCUCUGGAGUUCAGACCAGAAAGGUUUCUGGGCGAGAAAGCAGCAAAGUUUGAUUACUUGGGUACUAGUUCACAGUAUCUCCCAUUUGGUACUGGGAGGAGGGUUUGUCCAGGGCUUCCCAUGGCGGAGAGGAUGCUGAAACACUUUCUAGCAUCGCUGCUCCACACAUUUGAAUGGAGACUUGCAUAUGGGACACAGAUUGAUUUAACAGAUAAAUUUGGAAUUGUCGUGAAGUUAGAGAAGUCGUUAGUUCUUGUUCCUGCACCAAGGUUAGCCAACCUUGAGCUGUACUAG